GCUGGUGCGCUUGUUGCUGUGCAGUACAGCAGUGGCAGCAGGGAAAGGAGCAAGCACGACAAGGAGGAAGCUGUGGUCAGAGCAUGUCAGGCAAUGUAGACGGUGGGCCUCCGCCUCCUCCCCCACCCCGCGGCCCCGGCGCCGAAGACUCCGGUUCAGCAGCAAGAAGAGGAGGCCCGCUGCUUCCCACGCCGCCGCCCCCGGGAACCUCGUCGAUGCCGUCUCCUCCCGGCCCCGGUGCAUCCCCUCGAGGCGGCCCUGCUCUCCUGUCCACGCCGCCUCCCAUGAACGACGAGGAGGGCCCCGAAACCGGGUUUGCUGGCGCUCCACCACCACCGCCGCUAAGGCGGCCAGUGUCACCGCCAUCAGGAUCAUCGGCUGCCCAGCAGGAGCCACCGCCACCGCCGCCUCCGCCGAGGAUGCCGUCGCACCCAGCAGCAGGCGGUGGUGAGGGGCCGGUCGGUGGCAACAAUGCCGGCGGUGGCGUUCCGCCUCCUCCUCCUCCCAGGAAAGCGCUGCCGGGAGCAGCUGGUUCCGCCGGUGGAUCUGCACCAGCAGCAGGAGGACACGAUUCGGCGAACAACAUGUCAAUGCAAGGGGAUCUGCAGCAGCACCCCCCACCCCUCGUCCCUCCUGGCCGUCCCAGGCCCCCUCCGAUGAGGUCGAACAACAACAUGCCAAGCGGGGAUGGGGGGGGCCCUGGGAGAGGACCGCCGCCGGGAGGAGUCGAAGCGGGGCGAGGCAUGCCGCCGUUCGGGGCUCGACCCCAUAUGAUGUGCGGAGGACGAGGGCCUCCGCCACCACCCGGCGGCAUGGGUUCGGGGCCCGGUAGCAUGGGCGGGCGAGGGAGCGGUAACAUGAGGGCGGGGCGAGGUGGCGACAUGGGAGGCCGGGGGCCACCUCCCGGUAACUUCUCUCCCACCGGCAGGGGUGGGGGUAGAGGCAUGUUCCCUCGGGGAAUGCCGAUGAUGAGGCCCGGUGGUGAUAGUGGGGGGGGCGGGGCGCCACGCCCUGGGAUGUUGCCGCCUCGACCCAGCGGCCCUCAGUCUCCACAAGAUGAAGCGGCCGGUCCACUCAGCGACCCUACUGGACCGCCAUCGGAUUCACCCGGAUCGGGAUCAGGUUCACCACGGCCUUGGUUUCCGCCGCCGCCGUCUUCGGGCGCGGCCGAGCCAGGGGCCCCGCCGCCGAGAAAUGCUCCUCCGCGACCUCCCCCCGGUCCACCAGCGCCCCCUUCGGACGUGAGAGCGCCGUCGCCGACCGCCGCUCCCAUUGCAGCAGCGGGAGCGGCGCCCGUGCCGCCCGGAGCCCCGCCGACGCUCCCGCCCCUUCCGCCGCCCGUGCUCGCUCGCCCGCCCAUGCUGCCUCCGCCGCCGCCUCCUCUCCCGCCCGGGAUGGCCGCGCCGCCACUGCCGCCGCCGCCGCCGCCGCCGCCACCGCCCUCUGGGUUGUUGGGGGCCCCGCCGCGGGCCCCGCUGCCCCCGUUGGGGAUGAUGCCGCCGCUCCCGCCGGGAGCGGCGCCUCCGCUUCCGCCAGGUCCGCCGCCGACCAUGCCCGUGUUUGCCGACGACGGGAACUUCCUUUCCAAGAUGCUCAAGGAGCAAGAGGAGCAAGAUCGGAAGAAAAAGCUUCAGCAGGAGGAGGAGGACAAGAAAAAAGCCUUAGAGGAGGCUAAGCUGGAGAAGGAACGAGUGGCGCAUGCCAAGAGGGUGGCGGCGGAGAAUAAGCGCUCCCGCCGGUACCAGCUCGGCGGAGGUUUCGGCGGGGGCCGGUCGAGGGCGGCGCGGCCCAAGAUGGGCAAUGCGCGGGGUAAGGUGAUCAAGGCUUUCGUCGCGGACAGCGACAGUGAGGACCAGGACAGCGAGGAGGAGGACGGUUCUAAGGAACAUUCUUCCAAAACCGACAGCACUUCUGCAUCCUCGUCUUCGGCUACUACGGGAGCAGUCGCAACAGGUACUCAAUCCGGCGGAUCAGCAGCAACUGCUGCUGCUGGUCAAGCUGCUGUAGCUGCUGCUGCUGCGGCGGCGUCGGCAGCAGCGGGGGGUCAAGUCGGGGUAGGGCUCGGAGCGGCGGUGGCUCUGUCCCAAGCGUCAGGCGGGUCGGACUUAGACGAGGAGACUAAGAUCACCAUCAGGCAGACGGCGGAGUGGUUCCAUGCUAACCCGGACAAGAGCAAGGUUAUCAUGGAGAAGAGCAGGGGGAAUGCGCAGUUCAGCUUCCUGUUUGAUGCGUCCUCGCCUGGGGGGCGCUUCUACAGACAGGUUUUGGACGAAAUCAAGACCGAGGAGGAGGUGAAGCGGGUAUGCAGCGGCUUCGGAGAGGCGAACGCCUCGGACUACGGUCCAACUCCCCAGGACGCCGGUAACGUCUACGGCCCGGGAGCCGGCCUCGCCGCUGCUGCCGCAGGCGGCGGCGGCGGCGGCGCGGGAGGGGGGGGGGCUGCGGGUGGAGUAACCCCUUCGUGGGCGGCCACCAGCGUGGCGAAACCCGUCGCGACGGCCGCGGCGUUUAGGAAGGGGGGGAACGGGGGGGCGCCGGGGGGGAACGCGGCGCAGAUCGUUGCGCAGAUCUCUGCACAGGUGGCAAUGCGCUCGGCCUCCACAUACGGCCCCGCGCCGGUCGCGGCGGCACGCCCCCGAAAGAAUCGCUGGGGGGCGGGGGCGGGCGGAGCGGCUGCGCCGGCGCCGGCACCGGUACCGGCAGCAGCGGUCGAUGGAGCGGGCCGUGGCGGAUUCGGGGGGGGCGGAAACGGCGUUGACGCGGCGUCCUCGGCUGCGGCGGCGGGGCUGGUUGCGGCGGCGGCGGCGGCGGCGGCGGCUUCGAGUGCGGGGAAGAGUGUUGUCGCCGCUGGCGGCGGUGCGGAGGGCGUGGGGCUGGGCAAGCGCAGCCGAGGCUUCAGCGAGGGAGACUCCAACAGACCCCGUCGCGACGCAAAGAGUGCGGGGCUUGCCCUGCCUGAGACGAUGGACGCUGACCAAGAGGAGCAGCUCCGGCAGCAGAAGGAGAUGCAGCGACUGGAGGCGAGAGUAAGGGAAGCUGCGGCUCGUCAGGCCAUGCCGGGGGCCGGGGCGGCGGCGGCCGGCGGGAAGCCGGAGGGGGAGGCCGAGAGGCGCAUGCGGGAGCUCUACGAGGAGAGGCUGAGGGAGUACGGGGAUCUGGCCACGGGGGACGAGAAGGAGGAGGAGAGGGACACAGUGGAAGACGCCGAAGCUACCGGAGGCGUAAUCGACGGGGGCACGUGGGAACACCGCAAAAGGGCCAAGGAGAUGCUCAAGACGGCGGAGGGCGCGCUUAACGUCACCCUGCAGGCCAAGGGCGCGCAUCAUAUGGGCCAGUACCUACCGAAAGACGAACUGGAGUGGUUCCUCAAGAAGUCGGGCAAGGCUGCGAAGGGAGAUGAAGCCGAGGCCGAGGAAGACUUCGAGAAGAACAAGCUGGCGGAGGACAACAUAGGCUUCCAGAUGCUCAAGAAGGCCGGGUGGACGGAGGGGAAGGGGCUGGGCAAGGAGGGGGAGGGCACCGCGGUCCCGGUUAACAUGGCAGCCGGCGCGGACGGGGCGGGCGUCGGGGUGAAGGAGACCCACGAGGUGGCGGAGGGAGACAACGAGUUCGAGCAGUACCGGAAGCGGAUGAUGCUCGCUUACCGCUUCCGCCCGAACCCCCUCAACAAUCCUCGGCGGUCUUACUACUGACGGGUUAGGGGUCGCGGGUGACCCGCAAAAUUUGAAAGCUUUGACUGCGAUGUAAAUGCAGGCCGUAGUCGUUUAGACCAUCGGCCUCGCAUCCUGACAACGCCGGGUCGGAGCAAUGUGGGUAGCCGGGUUUUCCGCAGACCAGGCUCGUACGUUUCACGACGUUGAACCAGAGCUGGUUGUCAUCCGUGUGUUUGCUGUGCCAAUAUCCAGAUAUGCCAUGGGUUGAUUGGGCAUCCCGGUUUAACCAAACGUUUCGCACACAGGAGGGGAGGGGGGAGUAAAUAUCCUCGCUGUCGUACUUCCGUGGCCUUCUCAGGCCUUGGACUCGAAUAUCAACAAAGAGGGGGCGACGUACAUGAGGGUUCCCGGGGGCGGGGGGUAUCAGCGCGCACGUUUCAGCUGCGGGGACCUGGCUAGACAUUUUUUGUUGCCUGUUUUGUCUUGAACGGGGAUUUCAUUGAAUCCACUUAUUCGUCCCCGUGUUUCGCUUGUGUGUCCUCUAACCCUCCCGCAAAUAACGCCCACUGCUAGUUUUCACCGCCGGAGUUGGGCGAGGUUCGGGUUGUUUGUGUAAUGGCCUAGGGACACGGGAUCUGGUCCGGAGAAGAGGCGUUGAUUGGGUGCUCAUGGCGUAGACAUGGGCUUUUUUUGUGAAUCUGGGACAGAUUUGGUGACAGGCGUUCGUCAUUGCUUCCGACGUUUCCGGACUGGACUGAGCAGGAGAAUAGGGGAAGCGUGAUUUACGGUGUCAACAUAUACACAGAAAAACAGGACGGCAGUGUUUAGUGCUGUUGUGCCUCGUUGAUGGGACCUUUUCGGCUACCGAUUAGGGGCCGCGUGGCGCAUCCCCAAGCCCUGCAUCGAUCGGGAUUGGUGGUUUGGCAUGCGCCGGUCAUGCGCUCAAAUCACACAGCAGGGCAGCCUUUGGCAGGACAAGCUCGAAUUCUACUUUGCUCAACA